GCUCGCCAAGUUCGAAUGGAGGUGGUACAGGUUGGCUUCAUAUAAAAGAACUGCGAAUCCGGCGAAAUAACCAGCAGUAGGUCCAAUCAGCCUAAUUACCAGCAGCUUUUUUCUGGGCAUUAACGGUCAGAUUUUAACAAUCGCCAUGAAAUCCGUCCUGAUUCUUCUUGCCGUGGCCGCUGUGGCAUCUGCUGCCAGUAUUAAGGCCAAGCGCGCUGUGAAGACCCAGAAUCCCCUGGCUUUUGCUGCACUGGACCAGCUGCGUGGAAAAUCCCGAUUGAGCGUGCCCGACCAGUACAACCUGAUCGCCACCGCCCAGGCCGGUCAAGACUACCCCAACAAUGCCGUCAUCGAGCAGGGAUCUUUUGACUGUAGCAGCACCCAUCAGCCUGGUUUCUAUGCUGAUCCUUCCGCGACUUCCCGCUGCCAGAUUUUCCACCGCUGUGACGUCAACGGCAACCUGACGUCGUACCUGUGCCCCAACAUGACUGUGUUCAAUCAAAUCACCCUGGUCUGCAACUGGUGGUUCGACGUGGACUGCAGCAAGGCCGCCUCUUUCUACGACUACUCCAACAGCCGUCUCUACCAGGGCGCCAAUGUGCCGCUGUUAGAUGACGUUGUCCGCAAGGUGACUGGCGCUGUUGCGUCCGGCCGAGUGGAGGUCGCCGCUCCGGCUCCGGAAGAAGCCGCGCCUGCCGAAGCGCCGGCUGCUGAAGCAGCACCGGAAGCUGCUCCCGCUGAAGCUGCUGCUCAGUAGGUCAUGCAGUUGUGACCUUUGGACUGCAUGCUCGCUGUCGGCCUCUGAUGAGGUUUUCCUACACUGCACAGAUUUUGUAACAAUAGACUGUAACAAUUUUACAAUCCAUGUGAUCGCUGUAUGACUGAUUCUUUGUGCGUGGCUGAAGAAGACUGCUUAAUAAAAGAAUAAUGACGGUUUCUCAAUGGUUAAAGCUUUACCUCGCUAGACUUAAUUUUCUAGU